CUGCAUUAUGGGAGCUGUAGUGCCAACAGGCCGUGCUACCGCCAGCUUGUUGCCUGACGUCUGGAGGAGCAUUAUACAUGAGGAUCUCUGCAGAAGGGAAGUCCAUCAUAGACAUGAAAAUAGAGGCCAGGCUUAUUUGAGGUUUUGGAAACAUGUCCAAGAAAAGGGCCAGGAAGCGCAGCAGCGGCGAGCUGAGCGACAGUCUCACCCCAGAUCCCAAUAACCUGCUGGGCCGACGGAUCCAGCACAGCUGGAGGGAGAAGGGCGCGCUGACCAAGUGGAAGGGCACCGUGCUGGACCGCCUCAGCGUAAACUCCUCCCUGUUCAUGGUCAAGUACGACGGAUUCGACUGUGUCUAUGGCAUCGAGCUCUUUAAGGACGAGAGAGUCUCUAACCUGCAAGUUCUCACAGAGAAAGUGGUGAACAACAAGAUCAAGGUUCCUCACGACGCAGAGGAGCUGGUGGGAAAAGCCGUGGAACAUCUGUUUGAGAAGGAGGACGGAGAGAAGAACGAGUGGAGGGGGAUGGUCCUGUCCCGAGCACCCAUCAUGACCAACUGGUACUACAUCACCUACGAGAAGGACCCCGUGCUCUACAUGUACCAGCUCUGGGACGACUACAAAGACGGAGACCUCCGGAUCUUACCUGAAGCGGAGAACAAACACCUGCUGCCUGCAGACAGGAAGCCCGGUGAGGAAACAGAGAGCCUUGUGGGUAAGCAGGUGGAGUAUGUGACGGAUAAAGGGGUGAAGAGAACAGGCCUCGUCAUCUACCAAGUUCCCGCCAAGCCGUCGGUCUACUACAUCAAAUACGAUGACGAUUUCCACAUCCACGUGUAUGACCUGGUCAAGACCACCUAAAAAACCACAGACAAAACAAAGAAACCCGCAGCGCUUUAAGUGUCCUCGCCUCUCGUUGUACAGUGUGUCAUGCCUCGCCGUGAAUGGCUGGCUGUCGAGGAGCUGUAUGAAGCGUCCGUGUACAGGGUUUGUUAUUUUGUGUUGAUGUCACAGCUUAGGGAGACGAUUUUUACAACCGUCAUAUCAAAACAGUGUAUUUAUACGUGUGCGUUGGGCAUCAUUUCGUAUGUUUCUAAUCUCAUGGACUAGCUUUCAUUCACCCGUAAACCAUGGAGAAGGUUGCAUUUUCAUAUGUAUGAAUGUUCGGGGAGUUUUGAAUUGUAAAUAGUUGUGACCGCAAAAAAAACAAAAAA